AUGAAAUUCAAGAACUUAGAUAUCAUUUAUUUCAUACUUUUUUCACUUAUCAACCUUGUCCAUGGAGAAAAGCUAGCAAAAUACGAUUCUGGAUUAAAAUCUAGGUUUGUGAAUGCUUGUUAUUAUCAAAUGGUUGGGGAAGUAUCAUUUUGUCCAACAGAAGAUAUUGGUUGCCUGUGUACCAAUAAAAAUGCACUUGCAACAGUUGCAGGAUGUUUAUAUGGUAUAAACAAAACUGAAUCACAAUACACUAGGAAUCUCAAUGAGGUUUGUUCAUAUUAUAAUGCAACAGUUAAUGAUGAUUGGUUUCAAGAAUCAAUAGGGUAUUACUUGUCUGAUGCUAAAUCUGCUGAUCAAAUUGAAAAUUUUAACAUGAGUGUUCCUAUCGAUAUUCCCUUUAUACUUAAUAGAACAAACACUGAGUAUAUGCAAUCAUCAUACACUAGAUUUUAUAACAAUUAUGGUCAUUCGAUUGAUUAUGGUUCAGGAAUUUUAGGUUAUUGGUUAUUGGUUUUACUUUUAGGGGCUUUUACAAAUUGGUUUAAAGUUUUUUUUCCAAAUACCACUAAGAAAUUGACAAAUCCUGCAAUCAAUUGGUGGAGAGCUAAUGUUUCAAUGCCUGCUACUUUUGGUAAAAAAAGAGUUCAAGAACAGAGUUUUUUAAAAUUUUUCAAUUUUUUAAUACCUUCAAGAUUUGAAUCAAUUGUUCUAUUUUUAUUUUACUGCAUCACAAUUUUAGUAAAUUCAAUAAAUUUGAAAGGUGUUGAUGGAGAUUACAUUGGUGAAACCAAAUACAUGAGUGAAAUUAGAUAUGUUGCUGAUAGAACUGGUAUUAUUGCAACAGUAAUGAUGCCUUUGGUAUUCUUAUUUGCCGGUAGAAAUAACUUCUUACAAUGGAUAGUUGGUUGGAAUUAUAGUACAUUUAUGACUUACCAUAGACAUACCGCUAGAGUCAUGUUUGCUUUAGUUGUUAUACAUGCUGUUACAUUUACUAUUGUGUUUGUUCCAUAUUAUGCUGAAUCAGUUAAAGAAACUUACUUCAAAUGGGGUAUUGUCGCUGGAGUUUGUGGAGGUAUAAUAAUGAUUCAAGCAAUGCUAUUUUUUAGAAGAAGAUGGUAUGAAAUAUUUUUAUUCUUACAUAUUUCUUUAGCUGUUUUUUGGGUAGUUGGAACUUGGUAUCAUGUUGUUGAACUCGGUUUUAUUUGGGUUUUCUAUCCUACGAUUGGUGUAUGGGGAUUAGAUAGAGUAAUCAGACUUGGUAGAUUGAUUGCAUUUGGAUUUCCUCAAGCUGAUGUAACUUUAUUAUCUGAUGAAACAUUAAAGGUUGUUGUACCUAAACCUAGUUAUUGGAAAUCUAUCCCUGGUGGACAUGCAUUUAUUCAUUUUUUAAAACCAACUUAUUUUUAUCAAUCACAUCCAUUUACUUUUACUGAUUCAGUUGAUCAAGGAAGUUCAAUAAUCUUGUAUGCAAAAGUUAAAGGAGGUAUCACAAGAAACUUAUACAAGUCUUUGGCUCAACAACCUGGUAGAACAUGCAAAGUUAGAGUUGGUGUUGAAGGACCAUAUGGAGAAUCAACUGCUGCUAAAUAUGCUAAUACGGCUGUAUUUAUUGCUGGUGGAAAUGGUAUUCCAGGGAUUUAUUCUGAAGCAGUUGAUGUUGCUGUUCAUAGUAAAGAUGGUUCAAAUAGGGUUAAACUUACGUGGAUUGUUAGAGAAUGGAGAUCAUUAUAUUGGUUUUACGAAGAGUUAAUGAGCUUGAAGAAAGUCAAGAUAGAAACUACAAUUUAUGUUACUCAACCAAAUAGUCAUAUAUUUAUGGAUGAAUUCAAUAAUAGAUUCACAGGAUUGGAAAGACUUUCAAUUGAUAAACCAGAAGAUUCAGAGGGUUUAAGUUUGGAAAAAGACGAUUCAUUUAAAGAAAUCACUAAAUUAGAAGAAACUUCAUGUGAUGAAAAAACAGAUCUUGAUCCUUGUCAUAUAAUAAAUACCAUUAAAUCAGAAUUAUCACAUAUUAGUUUCAAGGAAGGUAGACCAUGUAUCGAGACAUUAAUUCCCGAGGAAUUAAAAGAAUCCAGUGGAUCAGUUGCAUUUGUCACUUGUGGUCAUCCUAUAAUGGUUGAUGAAAUCCGUUAUUAUUGUAGUAAAAAUGUCUGUAAUAAAGAGAGAAAAAGAGUUGAUUUUUAUGAACAAGUUCAAGUCUGGGCUUAA